CCUAGGCAGCGACAUCUCUUUUUUCUCUUCUACUAUCCUCUCGGCAGCUGCCCCUCCGCCCCGUUCUUCUUCUCACCGCCCUAGGGUUUCUUACCCGUUCCUACGCCCCCUCUCUUGCCCCCUUUGGAUCCUCGAAUCGGCCUCCCGCAUCAAAAUCUCUGGAAGAUCUCCUCCUUUCCGGGGUUCUCCAAUCCCGAUUGCAUCCCUCCAACGCCGUUUCUUGCGGAUUUCUUGGCCAGAUCUGUUAUAGGGCUUUUGCACCGCCGAUGCCUUCAAAUAAAUCGGUUGGAGGGUCGUCGGACCACCACCGGCGGAUGCUUUCCAAGGAAGGGAACGACGAUGACCCCCCGUCGAGCGUUCUCUGGGUGGGGAACCUCUCGCCGGACACCAUCGAUCUCGAUGUCAUGACGGCCUUUUCCAAGUUCGGCGCAUUGGACUGCAACACGAUGCAUGGGGCCAGGAGCUACUCGUUCGUGUUCUUCCGGAGCAUUGAGGAUGCCAAGGCUGCGAAGGAUGCCCUCCAGGGUUCCACGCUUCACGGGAAUACCGUCAGGAUUGAGUUUGCCCGACCGGCAAAGGCGGUUAAGCAUUUAUGGAUUGGAGGAAUCAGUUCAUCUGUCACAAAGGAACAACUUGAGGACGAACUUUUGAAGUUUGGGAAGAUUGAAGAGUACAAAUUCCUCAGGGAUCGAAAUGCGGCACUUAUUGACUAUUACAAGACAGAAGAUGCCAUUGCUGCUCAGAAAAAUAUGAAUGGAAAGCGUUUAGGUGGUGAACAAUUAUGUGUAGAUUUUCAGAGAUCCCAGCCUCCUAGAAAGGAUUGGCCUGACUAUCGAGACUCAAGGAAUGGACACUUAGGCAAUCGGAGUUUGGGGCUGCAGGAACGAUCGCUGCCACCUGAUGCAAGAAGUUUCCAUGAUUCUUCCUAUCAUGGGCUUAAGAGGCAUAUGCCUCAUGGAGGACGAAGAGAUAACCAUCCUAGUAAUGUUCUCUGGAUUGGCUAUCCACCUUCAGUACAGAUGGAUGAGCAGAAGCUUCAUAAUGCCAUGAUUCUGUUUGGUGAGAUUGAAAGAAUCAAGUGCUUUCCCUCAAGGAACUACUCUUUUGUUGAAUUCAGAAGCAUUGAUGAAGCUAGGCGUGCCAAGGAAGGUCUCCAAGGGCGCCUUUUUAAUGACCCACGAAUACAGAUACUGUUUUCAAACAGUGAGCUUGCGCCUGGUAAGGAUAAUCCACCACCAUUUCCAGGGUUUAGAGGGCCUAGACCAGAGAUGUUCUUUAAUGAAGGACCUAUUGGACCUUUGGAAUUGUAUGGUCCUAGUCGUCCAAUGGCCCCAAAUAGUUUUUCGGGAUCCUUGCUUCAUAACAACAUGCCUGGAUCCAGUAUUUUAAUGAGGCCAUUUGGACCACAAGGAUUUGAUCCUCAUCAUGGAGGUCCAGAGUUCCAUGAUUUUGGUGGCACUGCUAUGCCUCCUACUUGGGGACGACGAUCUCCGUCUGCACCGGGUAUUCUUCCUUCGCCACCAGCCUUGCGCCCUCCUUUCCGACCCAUGCCUGGUUUACGGGAUGAAUUCGACAUUAGAGAUGUGAAGAGGUCCAGGACGGACGGUUCUUCGACUGAUAGUGCUUUCUUGCAUGCAAGGAGGGUGGAUGGCGAGGGUAUUGGAGAUCCCUUUGGGUUUUCUCAUCCCGACAGAGGUGCAUUCAGUCAAAGUCGUCUCAGUCCAGUUCUUCAUGGCCAUGGUGAACUUCAUCCUUCUCCUGAUAGUGACCAUUGUUGGCGUGGUAUUAUUGCCAAAGGUGGAACUCCCGUUUGCCAUGCUCGGUGCGUGGCAGUAGGAAAGGGCGUUGACUCUCCUUUGCCUGAAGUUGUUAACUGCUCAGCCAGAACGGGAUUGGAUAUGCUUACAAAGCACUAUGCUGAUGCUAUUGGCUUUGACAUUGUCUUCUUUUUGCCUGACAGUGAAGAGGAUUUUGCUUCUUACACUGAAUUUCUCCGUUACCUGGGCUUAAAAAGUCGUGCUGGGGUUGCAAAGCUUGAUGAUGGGACUACUCUAUUUUUGGUGCCUCCGUCAGAUUUUUUGACCAAGGUAUUGAAUAUUUCUGGUCCUGAGCGUCUAUAUGGUGUUGUUCUGAAAUUGCCACAGCAAUCAACUAAUGCUGUGGUACCACAACUGGCAAUUCCUCCGCCAUCCCAUUACAUUGAUCAGCAAGAGGCAUCUAGUUCACUGAAGGGUUAUCAGUUUGUUCCACAAAAUGAAGAGCAAGCUUCAAAAAUGGAUUAUAAUCGGUCAUUGUAUGAGGAGUCAAUGCAUCGUGCAGGUGUUGGGAAAUCACUUCUGACCCAUGCUGAUGAACCACGUGCCCUGCAACCAGCUUCCCUGGAUUAUGCUGGUAAUUCUGCUGCUGCUUCCCAGGUGGAGGUUUCCUUGACUCCUGAACUAAUAGCUACUUUAGCUUCUUUGAUUCCCAGCAACAAUCCAUCAUCAGCUGCUGCGACUGCGCAAAUGCCAGUCUCCACGGGCAGGGCAGCUUUGUCUUCUGCUUCUGUGAUACAUGAUGCUUCAACGCCUUCUCAAGGGUGGAGACAGGAACAAGCGGCAGCUUCUAGUGCUUCCUUAGAGCAACCAAGCCAUCUUCCACAGCAUUUAGGUCAACAAUUUAGUAGUCAGGCACCACUCAACUCUCAUUUUCCGGCGUAUCCUAACAUUCCAAGUGGACAAGAUCCUUCUACACAACCUAUUGUUGGUAGUACACAAAUUCAGAACCCUGCUCUAAACAUGCCAGAGGCUCCAUUUAUUCCGACUAGACCUUCAAAUAAUUAUACAAUGCCACCACAAGGUGGCCAAUUUGCUGGCACCCAGAGCAAUCAACAGUAUCAGUUCGAUUCUUCUUUGACUUCUCACAGCAACUAUGGCAUGUUACAGACAACAAAUGCGGCUGGUGUGUUCAACCAACCAGUUCAGCAGCAGUUAAGACCCACUUCAUCUGCUCAUGAUCACACUGGAAAUCUGCCCCAGCCCCAAAGUGCCAUUCCGCCUACUCAAGGGCAACACCCACAACCUGUUCUGUCUGGUUCAGGUCAGGGUACAUCAGAUGGUGAUGCUGAUAAGAACCAAAGGUACCAGUCAACCCUUCAGUUUGCUGCCAGCUUACUCCUGCAACUUCAACAACAGCAGCAAGCGAGCGCUCAAGCUGUGCAAGGACCUGGAAAUCAACAUUGAAAAAUGUUCUUAUGUGACAGGUGAAGCUUGGAGUUAUUUUCACCAUAUUCCUACUGGUGGGGACGUGGAAGCAGUCUAUUGUCGUGGUUUGCUAAUGUGUUGGAACCGGAAAUGGGAGUGCGAUCUACCUUCUACCGUGCAGCCCAAAGUCGAGAGAGGACGAAUGCAUCAUGAACGCCUUGUUGUUUUCUUUACCAAAAACAACUGAAUUAGUAAGCAGAGAGAGAUGUAUCGUAAGGACAAAGGGAGCCUAUCUGAUGAUGUGGUUUUAGGUUAAUAUGAACCGAACAUCCGUCUCAGAAUCUGUAUGGUGGUAAUUGCAGUUGCCUUAAGUGCUGUUGGUAAUAGUACUUGUUAUAUUCAUUGCUUUUUUAAUAUAUAUGUAUAUAGUUUUUCUACCGUCUAAAAUGAAAAAUCGUAUUUCU